CUUGGACUUGCAGGUCGUUUUAACCUUCCUUGUGUUUUUCUUUUUACAGAGCUGACCCUGAACCCACCGGAGGGGAUAGUAGCAGGUCCCAUGAAUGAAGAGAACUUCUUUGAAUGGGAAGCUCUGAUUAUGGGUCCUGAAGACACCUGUUUCGAGUAUGGUGUUUUCCCUGCUAUUCUGAGCUUUCCACUCGACUACCCGCUAAGCCCUCCGAAGAUGAGGUUCACGUGCGAGAUGUUCCAUCCGAACAUUUACCCAGAUGGGAGAGUUUGCAUCUCUAUUCUUCAUGCUCCUGGGGAUGAUCCCAUGGGAUAUGAGAGCAGUGCUGAGCGGUGGAGUCCCGUGCAGAGUGUGGAAAAGAUCCUCUUGUCGGUUGUUAGCAUGCUGGCAGAGCCAAAUGAUGAAAGUGGAGCCAAUGUAGACGCCUCCAAGAUGUGGCGGGAAGACAGAGAACAAUUUAAUAAAAUUGCCAAGCAGAUUGUGCAGAAGUCACUUGGACUAUAAACUCACAGAGACUGAAGUGUUUUUGUAUUUCUCUCCACCUGAAAACUAGCAGGGCGCAGUGCUGGUACCAAAAAGGAAAACUUUUUGCAAAACUAUUGGCCUAGUUCUUCUUAUCAUUCGUUAUUUAUUUACCAUCUCUUUUCUUCUUCCACUGCUCCAGAGAAGCCUCUAGUUUACUCACUAAAUUGUGUGGAAAAGGGAUUUAAUACUAGGGAAAAAUACGGAGACAAUGGUGUUUCAAAGGCUGCUUGUUGCUACCUCACUUCAUGGUAUGGAAAGCUUGGAGACUUUGCAAUCUGC